UUGCUGGUGCGAGGCCCAAGGUGCGGAUGACAGCGUGCAGAUGUAAAUAGGACAUGCGUCGUGGCCACUUACUCAAGAGAUGCGGCACGCCUGCACCAGAACAAAAAGAAUCAAACAAACAAAAAAUUCAUGAAAAAUCGGCGAUCCCGACGCCCAGAGCAGAACACACAAAGGCCAAAAACCAAGAAAAAUGAUGGAAUUACCCGAGUCCAAUUCAGACGGCCGGUCCCGAGUUUGUCUCUGUCGCCGACCCGAUGAUGCGGCGCCGAUGUGUUUGGGUUGGCGAGUUGUGCGGGAAGGGAGGAGCUUGGAUUUGCUGGGACCGAGUUGGUUUUUGCUGAGACUCUUGAGAGGCUGGAGCAGAGGUCGAGUGGGAGACCCAGAAACCAGAGUGACGGGAUUGCUUGCAAGAGCACGGUCGGAUCCGGUGCGCUGUUAUUGGGCAGCGUCAGACCAGAACGGGGUCGUGCUCUGCGGCGUUCGUCCCAGCCAGUGGGCUGGUGCUACCACUGUCUUGCCGCUGUUCGGGUCGCUGUAUCAGCGCUACGCUGAUUUGUACCAGCUGAUUCUCUGUCUGCGAACUGGCCGCAAAAAUGGUCUCGGGCCGUGUUGGAAUGUGGUGAAGGGCAAAAGGGAGAAAGAAGAGAACAAUCAGCGCCUUUGGUUGCGUUCCCGCGGAAGCCAGAAGGGGGGUGCAGGAAAGCAGGGGAGUUGGAAAUGAAUGUGGGCUCGAGGUCCCAGCUUGUGCAUGGGCAGAGUUGCACCUCGGGUGGAGGUCAACCAAACCAGUCACCGUGAUGAUUCCAGUCAAUCUGGUCUGCACAGUUUGGUUGAUUGCGCUUGGACACUGUGCAACCGGGAUGCUGGUGUCAUCUGUCUGGUCUGACACCUCGCGUGGUGUGGGUGGGUCGGCUGUUGAGUGGCGGAGGUGGCUUCCCGGCUUAGCGGGAAGGUGGAGCAGACAGUGCUUCGUAUACUGCUGGGAGCUCGAAGCGCAGUGGCCAGGUCGAUUCCCGUCCGGGCC